AUGAGGGCCAAGAAGACUUCCUAUAUGAAGAUAAAGCUUCAACGGACACCUAUCGACAUCAACCAACGUCUGAAAAAAGCAAGGAAAGCUUCUCGGGGUCCCAGAACACAAAAACUGGACAAACACAGGUCGAGACAGUCGUCCCAAAGUUGGGACAGUCGUCCCAAACUUCCUAGGACAAGUGAGACGCGCGUCCCAAAUGUGGGACGGCCGUCCCAAGACCUAGGGGGGCUGGCUCAGUGUAAAAAAUUCAAUUGGGACGGCCGUCCCAACCCAGAUGGCCGUCCCAACCCAGAUGGUCGUCCCAAAUGUGCCAGGAAGCGGAAAUUAUUAAUAGGAGGCUCAUUUGCUCAUUUUCCACACUCCAGACAACUCAGAGCACUUGUCUACCUCUCUCUCUCUUUCGAUACCUCUCAAAUGGAUACAUCCACCGAUAUUGAACAGGACCUCCUACUCUUGCUUCGUAAGGCAAAUGAAUAG